GCUGCGGAGCAGUGGUAUGGUCGUCGGGACACUCGGUCGUCCUCGUCGUCGCCGUCGUCGGUGGUGUACACAGCCGAGAUUAGGUUAAGAGGAGCGGGCGCGCGUCACAGAUAGAAGAAAAACAGAAAUCAAAUAGUCGUCGUGCAUUCGUUCGCGCGUUUAUCACGGUACAUCCGCACAUACAUGUACGCACAUACAUCGCAGAGAGGAAAAUUUAAAAUAAGAACAGAGAAGAGAGAGUAUAAGUAUAUAUAAAUAAAUAUAUACACACGUACGCGGAAGGACAAACGGAAAUAUCCGUCGCGUAGCAGUGUACGCGCGCGCGCGCGUGCGUGUGUAUGUCCGUGUGUGUGUGUGUGUGUGACACGCUGUGGUGGUAUUAGUGGUUUCUUGUUUUUUCCUGUCUUUCGCUCGCGGUGUCUCCCUGCGGCAUCAGCAGUUGCCGCCGAGCGUGGUGACACCGCACUGUGAAUCCUCGCCAACCAGCCCCGCGGCUGGAAACGUACGUCCGCGAGGGUUGCCCUUGGAUUGAUAGAAAGCGAACGAGUAGACCGUGAGAGGGUGAAAGAGAGGGAGAGAAAGGAAGAGUGUGUGUGAGAGAGAGAGAGAGAGAGUGUGUGUGGAAGGGAGAGGAGGACAGACUCUUGCGACGCCAGCGGGUGUGCGUGGAGCGGGAGCGGAGAGGAGAAAGAGAGCGGAAAAGAGAUCGACGGCGGAUUCCUCUAGCGCGCAAAAGCUGACGGAAGCUCGUGGUACCGGGGUCCUCGAGGAUAGGAAAGCGCGAGGCGGCGCGAAAUUAUGAAGCGCAUAAAGUGCGCCCUUCUGGCCGCCGCCGCAGCUGCCGCCGAUAGUGAUAGCCGCCGGUGAAUGUGUGACCCGGGGGCAGCAGAGAUCCGCCGGGAUGACGACCGAAGAGACGACCGAGCAGCCCCCGGUAGACGACUGCCUCAAGGAGCGGAAAUGGUGGUGCUUCCUGCUGUCGAGCAUCUUCACCUUCCUCGCCGGGCUGCUGAUCGUGCUCCUCUGGCGUGCGUUCGCCUUCCUCUGCUGUCGCAAGGAGCCCGAGCUAUCCCCAAAUGACCCGAAGCAGAAGGAGCAGAAGACGGCCCGCCAGGGCAAGGAGUUCGAGGGGACUUUUAUGACCGAGGCCAAGGACUGGGCCGGCGAGCUGAUUUCCGGGCAGACCACCACUGGACGUAUUCUGGUGGUGUUAGUUUUCAUUCUCAGUAUAGCGUCGCUUAUAAUAUACUUCAUCGAUGCCUCCAGCGAAGAGGUGGAGCGUUGCCAGAAGUGGAGCAACAACAUUACUCAGCAGAUAGACUUAGCUUUCAAUAUAUUUUUUAUGGUCUACUUUUUUAUACGCUUUAUCGCCGCCAGUGACAAGCUGUGGUUCAUGCUGGAGAUGUAUUCGUUCGUGGACUACUUUACGAUACCACCGUCCUUUGUGUCGAUAUAUCUCGAUCGGACGUGGAUCGGACUGAGGUUCCUCCGAGCCCUACGACUGAUGACGGUCCCUGACAUCCUCCAGUACCUCAACAUUCUAAAGACAUCGAGCUCCAUUCGUCUCGCCCAACUCGUAUCCAUCUUCAUCUCCGUCUGGUUGACCGCAGCUGGCAUCAUUCAUUUGCUUGAAAACUCAGGGGACCCUUUCGAGUUCACGAACCCGCAACAGCUUUCGUACUGGACCUGUGUGUACUUUCUGAUCGUGACGAUGUCCACGGUAGGAUAUGGCGACGUUUACUGCCAGACGGUCCUCGGCCGCACAUUCCUAGUAUUUUUUCUACUCGUCGGUUUGGCCAUAUUCGCCAGUUGUAUCCCCGAGAUAAUUGACCUGAUCGGGACGCGAAACAAGUAUGGCGGCACUUUGAAGAACGAGCGAGGUCGCAGACAUAUUGUCGUGUGCGGCCACAUCACUUACGAAUCGGUCUCGCAUUUCCUCAAGGAUUUCCUACACGAGGAUCGCGAGGACGUCGACGUAGAAGUUGUCUUCUUGCAUAGGAAACCGCCAGACCUCGAAUUGGAGGGACUGUUCAAGCGGCACUUCACCACCGUGGAGUUCUUUCAGGGGACCAUCAUGAACCCGAUUGACCUACAGCGGGUUAAGGUACACGAAGCGGACGCGUGUUUGGUACUGGCUAACAAGUACUGCCAGGACCCGGACGCGGAAGACGCGGCGAACAUCAUGCGCGUCAUCUCCAUCAAGAACUAUUCGGACGACAUUCGCGUUAUCAUACAAUUAAUGCAGUAUCACAACAAGGCCUACUUACUAAACAUUCCAUCGUGGGAUUGGAAGCGGGGCGACGACGUCAUAUGCCUGGCAGAGUUGAAACUAGGCUUCAUCGCGCAGUCCUGCCUCGCGCCUGGUUUCAGCACGAUGAUGGCCAACCUCUUCGCGAUGCGUUCCUUCAAGACGUCGCCGGACACUCAGGCGUGGCAGAAUGAUUACCUGCAGGGCACGGGCUGCGAGAUGUACACGGAAACCCUCUCCCCGUCCUUUACCGGGAUGACAUUUCCCCAAGCCAGCGAGUUGUGCUUCACAAAACUGAAGCUCUUACUGCUGGCCAUCGAGAUAAAAGGCGAAGGAGGCUCCGACAGUAAAAUCUCGAUUAACCCACGUGGUGCCAAGAUCGCUGCGAAUACUCAGGGAUUCUUCAUUGCUCAAUCUGCUGACGAAGUGAAGCGGGCGUGGUUCUAUUGCAAAGUAUGCCACGAGGAUAUUAAAGACGAGACUCUGAUCAAGAAGUGCAAGUGCAAAAAUUUGGGGCAGCAGCAGCGCUCCUGGGGCCGGGACUUAGAUGUGGGGAUGAUGAUGAUGCAGACCGGCAUGGUGAAGGGAAACACUGCCUACAGCAGUUACCUCGACGUGGCCACAUUCCGGAAAGGCGUGCGAGCUGUUCAGAUGGUUGGAAGAGCAAGUGAAGACCUCUCGUACGCAAACGACCACCAUCCUCCCCCCACAUUCACUCCGCCAGAACUGCCCAAGAUGGUUCACGUAAGAGGUGAGAUCAGCCGCGAACGAGAUGACCCGAAUGCCAUGAGAAAUCAUCGGAACUCCGUUGGGAUGACCAUGAUGAAUUCGACGAAGCAAGUCAACAAGGUGAAGCCGAACGUGAACCGAGCGACAAACGACAGCCUGUCCAGCCCGAAUCAGCCUUAUAAUCAGAGAUCGCAAGAGGAGUCCGCAUACGCUGGCUACCAUCUCGCCUACGAAGUCAAAAAACUCAUGCCAACGAGCCGAGCCUCGGGUGGCACAAACGUCAACAACAACGGCGGUCUUCAGGUCGGGAUCGCUGACGAUCAAGCGAAGGAUUUCGACUUUGAGAAGACCGAGAUGAAGUACGACUCGACGGGGAUGUUCCACUGGAGUCCCUCUCGCAACCUCGAAGACUGCAUACUGGAUCGUAAUCAGGCGGCGAUGACAGUCCUAAACGGGCACGUGGUCGUCUGCCUGUUCGCCGAUCCCGACUCACCCCUCAUCGGACUGAGAAACCUUGUCAUGCCAUUACGAGCUUCCAAUUUUCAUUACCACGAGCUUAAACACGUAGUGAUAGUUGGGUCGGUGGACUACAUACGCCGCGAGUGGAAGAUGCUGCAGAAUCUACCGAAGAUAUCGGUUCUAAAUGGUUCACCAUUGAGUAGAGCCGAUCUGCGUGCCGUUAAUGUGAAUCUGUGCGACAUGUGUUGCAUCCUGUCGGCAAAAGUGCCUAGCAAUGAUGACCCCACCCUCGCCGACAAGGAGGCCAUUCUCGCAUCCCUUAAUAUCAAGGCCAUGACUUUCGACGACACGAUCGGCGUGCUUAGCCAAGUUGGCAGCCCGAUCGUCUUGCAGCGGCGAGGAUCCGUUUAUGGAGCGAAUGUGCCAAUGAUUACAGAACUCGUAAACGACAGCAACGUGCAGUUCCUUGACCAGGACGACGACGAUGACCCGGACACGGAGCUCUACCUCACACAACCGUUUGCCUGUGGCACUGCCUUCGCAGUCAGCGUAUUAGACUCCCUCAUGUCGACGACAUAUUUCAACCAAAACGCGCUGACCCUGAUCCGGUCACUGAUCACCGGUGGAGCCACUCCCGAAUUGGAAUUGAUCCUGGCUGAAGGGGCAGGCUUAAGAGGAGGUUACAGUACGGCGGACAGUUUGGCCAACAGAGAUCGGUGUCGCGUUGGUCAGAUCGCGUUGUACGACGGGCCAUUGGCUCAAUAUGGCGAGGGAGGCAAGUACGGUGACCUCUUUGUCGCAGCAUUAAGGUCGUACGGAAUGCUGUGCAUUGGUCUGUACAGGUACAGGUUUCGAGACACUAGUUCGUCAUGCGACGCCUCUUCCAAGCGAUACGUGAUCACGAAUCCACCCGACGACUUCACACUGUUACCUACAGAUCAGGUUUUCGUGCUGAUGCAGUUCGACCCGGGUCUCGAAUACAGGCCGAGCCGAGGCGCCCGCGGCAAGGACGACUCCUCCUGAUUGUUGCUGUGUAGCGCCCUCACCGACGGACCAUAUUCCUACAUCUAAUCGCGCGUUGGAAACCAUCGUGCCGUCCGUCGUCCCUGCAACUGUCUCAUCUUCGUCGUAGGAGCCACCGACGUUCGCGAGACGCAGUUUCUUCGAUCGACACACCGCGAUUGGGGCGCAAACGCGACGCUCGCCAGCUUGUCGAUUCGUUCGCCGAGCUGAUCCCGGCUCGGAGAGACGACCGAACGAUCCGUGAGGCGGAAGAGGACAACGACGAAUGGGAGAACACCACGCCGUCGAAUAAGAGGAGGAACGACGGAAAGUGGCACGAUGCUGUGCGGUCCGAGGGUAGCUACACGCCAUGUACUCUCUUUCUCUGUUCGAGCUGAAGAAGAAGAGGACGGUCGUCUUCGCAGCGACGAGGACGACGCCGUGAGAAAUCAGACACUUCGCGAAGCGCAACGCUGUGUUAUCGAGUCCCCGAAACCACCGACCCUUUGGGCUGGAAGAAAGUGUACGGGGUACACAUGUAGCUUAUAACAUCUAACACGUGGCUUAGCCUCGAUGUAUGGGGGUGUAUAGCUUAAUGUUUAACGCGCGGCUCGACGAGCACUGUGGAAUCGCACGAUAAAGUCGCGGCCUGGAAGAACAAUCGCCGUCGUGGCGGCUCGUUUUCUUUCGGGGGGAAGCACGUGUUAUUAAUGUAUAUAAUACUACGCAAGAGAACACCGUCAACGAGCGAGCCGUUGAGCAGCCGACGAAAGGGUGGACAGAGGUGAAGCAGCGGGGGAAAGAAGGGAGUCCGCGAAUGCAGCGAGUUGGACUCGUUCGUCAACGUCUCGACGUCUGACCGAGAGAGUGACCGGAUCUCUCUCUUUCUCUCUCUCUCUCUCUCUCUCUCUCUCCCUUUCUCUCGCGUGCGAACGUCGCAAAACGUCGCGAGAGAAGAGGGACCGUCGUUGGCAAAUCCUCUCGUCGGCGACGGACUCUGCGCGAAUCGAGUACCGGGCUGGACGAAGUGCGCUCGAAACGUGCCGGACUACUAUGCGCAACCCUUACCUCGUGUGUCUUGUUUUAUGGCUAAUGAAACAAAGGGAAAAAAAUUAUCUUAAUCAAGCACUUUGUACAGGUUCUAUAUAUAUGCACACACACACACACACACACACACACACACACACACACACACACACACACACACACACACACACACAUAUACAUAUAAAUAACUAUACGAUGAAGUACCCUUUUCCACACAACUUUAAGUAUAUAAAUCGUCUAUAUAUCGGUAUAUAUACAUUAUAGGUAUAUAUGCACAUAUAUAUAUAUAUAUAUGUAUAC